AAGGUCGGAACUAUUUUGUCUAAGGAUUGGUUAAAAAAAAAAACCUAACGUGCCGCUGAGCUGAUUAAAUGUGGAUGUAAAUUAAAGUUAAAAUAUAAAAGCAAUUUAAACACAAUAAAUCCCCGUUCAGGUGCCGAAGAUAUGGCAUCACGGAGCGUUUGUGUCCUCUGUCGUAAGGCUUCCGUCGUGAGGAUGAUGUGUAGGGCAAUGAGUGCAGCUGCACACCCACAGCCACAGGUAGAUUUCCUAAAAGGAGAAAGACACAAGAAGCACCCAGGUGUGACCAACCUGAAAACUCUGCGCCUCCCUGAGGAACUCCAGACGGCCGCAUGUUCGAUCAUUCACAGAGCUCAGCUGCCCCGGCUGACUGAACGCACUCAUAGCCUCACAAACUUUCUGUGGAGCAGAAAACGAGCAGUCGAGGAUUUCACUCUGAGGAAGAAAGCUUUGAGCCUGGAGAAAGAACUUUGGAAGAAAGAAAUAGAGAAGUGUGGAGAUGGAGAUAUAGAUGAACAAUUGCUGGAGGACCGAAUCAGGAAGAAAGUGAUUUCAGAGCUCAGAAGAUCCACAUACCACUGGACUACCAUGAAGUACGAUGAAGAUCUGGCUGUGGUGUACAUGGCGGCUCGGCUGGCCGGGGGCUACGCAGCAGUGAGGAGAGCUAUGAAUGAGAUAAAGAAGAGGGACCCCUCUUUUGCCCCUCAGUCUCUCCUGGAUUUCGGUUCGGGGCUGGGAACAGUUGUCUGGGCGUCACACUCGUGCUGGGGCGACACCUUGAAGGAGAUGGUGUGUGUGGACAGCUCUGGGCCGAUGAACAUCCUGGCAGAGAAACUUCUCAAAGGGGAUGACGAAGAAGCUGAACCUCACAUCAAACAUGUCUAUUUCAGGCAGUUCCUUCCUGUCUCUCCUAAGGUGCAGUUUGACUUGGUGGUAACCGCCUUCACCCUGUCGGAGCUUCCCAACGUGAAGGAGCGAGAAGAGGCAGUGUUGACUCUGUGGAGAAAGACAAGCUCGUACCUGGUGCUGGUGGAAAAUGGGACCAAAGAGGGCCAUCAGAUGCUUAUGGAAGCCAGAGACGCUUUAUUAAAGAAACAGGAGGAGACUGCCUAUGAUACCAGACCAGCGUCGGUGUUUGCUCCGUGUCCUCAUGAACUGACGUGUCCUAAACUCGCCCAAGAGCCCGUCACACCCUGCAACUUCCAGCAGCAGUACCAUCCUCUUCCUCUGCCCGGGCACAAUCAGCUGCAGAGGGAGAAGUUCAUCUACUUGAUUCUGAGUCGGACAAAAGCGGCAAAAGCGGAAACAGAAAACGUGGACUGGGCCAGGCUGAUCGCACCGGUGCAGUGCAGAUCGAGACACGUCCACUGUCGAAUGUGCUGCCCAGAUGGAAAGCUACAACACCUGGUGGUGACAGCACAGAAGCACAGCAGAGAUGUGUACCGCUGUGCUCGGAGCAGCAACUGGGGAGAUCAACAGCCGCUCAUUCAGCAAGUCCAAGAUGACGUCCAGAGUGACUCAGAGUAAUGAUUCAGCGGGGAAAAGAGAAUUCUUUAAACAAUGCUGAAAACACACUAAAAAGGAGAUAAGACUGCCGUCCAAGGACUCAUCGGUUUUUAGUUGUUUAAAUACUGACUCAUCUGACUGAUUCAUUGAAUAAACAUUCACACCCAACCUUA